AUUGGUCAGGCGUUGUGGCGGGAGGAGGUUGGCACGUUCUGAUUGGUCUGCGCCGCGCAAGGCACGACGGGAGUUGUAGUCGCGGCCUUGAGGGGGCACAGGCCGCCAUGGCCCCGGAGGACGCGCGGGCCCCCCAGGCCUCCCCCUCCCCCAGCCCGGAUUUGGGGGGGGUCCUGGAGGAUCUCCCCGAUUUGGGGAGGGGUCUGCCCGGAUUUGGGUCUGGGGUCCCGGGCUACCACGAGCGGCAGCGCCGGCAGCUCUGCGCCCUGCACGCCCUCAACAACCUCCUGCAGCGGCCCUGGCUCAGCCAGGCCUCGGCCGACCGCAUCUGCCAGCGCCCCCCCAGGUUGGCCCCAAAUUCGCGGCCCAACCCCCACCGGAGCCUGCUGGGCACGGGCAAUUAUGACGUCAACGUGGUGAUGGCGGCGCUGGGCACGCUGGGGCUGGCGGCCGUCUGGUGGGACAAGCGGCGCCCCCUGGAGCGCCUGUGCCUGUCCCACGUGCUGGGCUUCCUGCUCAAUGUCCCCUCCCGGGUGGCCCUGGGGACGCUGGCGCUGCCGCUGUCCCGCCCCCACUGGCUCUGCGUGCGCCCCUUCGGGGGCACCUUCUACAACCUGGACUCCAAACUGGCCACGCCCACCGCCAUCGGGGCGGAGCCCCAGCUCAGGGAGUUCCUGCGGGCGGCGCUGGCCCAGGGUCCCUCUGAGCUGUUCCUGGUGGUGGCGCGGGACGUGGAGGAGGCUGGCACCUGGCUGAGCCCCGAGUGACACCUGGGGGCACACCUGAGGGCACACCUGGGGGCAC